AUGGAAGGGUUUGACGACCUGCAAGCGUGUGCUGAUCCUGGAGCUCCUGAACAUGGCUACAGGACGCCCAGCGCAGGUGUUUUCUUCGAAAGCGUGGUGGUCCGCUUCCAUUGCCAAGAAGGAUACAGGCUCAAUGGUACUUCCAAAAAACUUUGUGUGAGACACUUUAAUGGCUCCCUGAGCUGGAAACCCAGUGAUAAACCUGUGUGCCUACAAGAAGUCACAGAUUGCCUUGUUCCACAUGUUGAAGAUGCAGAGGUUCAUAACAAGACAUACAGGACUGGCGAUAAGUUAAUAAUCAGCUGUCAUGAAGGAUUCCAGAUCCGUUACCCUGACUUAGACAACAUGGUUUCCAUAUGUCAAGACGAUGGAACAUGGGAUAAUCUACCCAUAUGUCAAGGUUGCCUGAGGCCAUUGGUUCUUCCUCAUAGUUACAUUAACAUAUCUGAGUUCGGGGCCUCCUUCCCCGUAGGAACAGUGGUGUAUUAUCAGUGCUUUCCUGGAUAUAAAAUAGAAGGGGCAGAAAUCCUUGAGUGCAUGUAUAACCUUAUCUGGUCAGAUAGCCCACCUAGGUGCCUUGAUGUGGAAGUUUGUCCACUACCUCCAAUGGUGAGUCAUGGAGACUACAUCUGCCACCCGCGGCCGUGCGAGCGCUACAACCACGGGACGGUGGUGGAGUUCUACUGUGACCCUGGCUACACCCUCACCAACGACUACAAGUACAUCACCUGCCAGUACGGAGAGUGGUUCCCCUCCUACCAAGUGUACUGUGUCAAAACAGAACAAACCUGGCCAAAUACACAGGAGACCCUCCUGACUACAUGGAAAAUAGUGGCAUUUACUGCUACCAGUGUUUUAUUAGUACUGCUACUGGUUAUUUUAGCCAGGAUGUUCCAGACCAAAUUUAAGACACAUUUCCUUCCACGAGGAAACCAGGAGGGCUCCAUGGGUGACCCUGACUUCGUGGUGGUGGAUGGUGUUCCUGUCAUGCUGCCUUCCUACGAUGAAGCUGUCAGCAGUGGCUUGAGCGCCCUGGCACCCAGAUAUUCAGCUGCGGCAGACCAGGGGCAUAUUUUGGAGACAGAAGAUCAGAAUCCUCCUGCUUACCCUGGUCCCAGGAUUCCAGACACACAGCCCAGUGAAUUUGAGACCUGUGACAGUAGGUCAGGUUCCUCUGAACUUCUCCAAAGCUUGUACCCAUCCCUGACAUGCCAAGCAGCAGCACUUCCUGGCUCAGAUCGGACUGAUGUAUCCCAUAGCCCUGACGGGGAUGCUGCAUCCACGAGUCCUCGGAUCGAUAUCACAGAUGAGAUUCCUUUGAUGGAAGAAGACCCUUAG